AUGAUAUAAUAGAAUAAAUAUUACUAAGAAUUAGAAGAAUUUUUAAAAUCUUCACUUUAAUCUCACUAGGUUCUCCAUAUUAAUCUGAUGUAACAUUAAAUUGGUGCAGCAGGUGCAUCAGCCUUAAGUUCUGCUUUAGCAAAUUGCACUAAUCUCUCUAAUUUGACCCUUGUUCUUACUAGGAAUUAAAUUGAUUCAACAGGUGCAUCAAGCUUAGGUUCUGCUUUAUCAAAUUGCACUAAUCUUUCAAAUUUGACCCUUCAUCUUUUUAGCAAUUAAAUUGACAAUUAAGGUGCAUCAUGCUUAGGUUCUGCUUUAGCAAAAUGCACUAAUCUGUCAAAUCUGACACUUGAUCUUAUUGACAAUUACAUUUAGAGUUAAGGAGCAUCAAGCUUAGGUUCUGCUUUAACAAAUUGCACUAAUCUCUAAAAUUUGAUACUAUAACUUAGCAGCAAUCAAAUUAGCGAUUAAGGUGCAUCAGACUUAGGUUCUGCUUUAGCAAAUUGCACUAAUCUCUCAAAUUUGACACUAUCUCUUGCUAGCAACUAUAUUGGUGCAACAGGUGCAUCAGGCUUAGGCUCUGCUUUAUCAAAGUGCAAUAAUCUAUCAAAUUUGACACUUAAUCUUGAUAGAAAUUUAAUUGGCAAUAUAGGUGCAUCAGACUUAGGUUCAGCUUUAGCAAAUUGCACUAACCUCUCAAAUUUAACACUUUAUCUUAGGUAAAAUAAAAUUGGCAAUUAAGGAGCAUCAGUCUUAGGUUCUGCUUUAGCAAAUUGCACUAACCUCUCAAAUUUAACACUAUUUCUUAGUAUCAAUCAAAUUAACGAUUAAGGUGCAUUAUUCUUAGGUUCUGCUUUAGCAAAUUGCACUAAUCUCUUAAAUUUGACACUAUCUCUUUCAUCCAAUACAAUUGGUGCAAAAGGUGCAUUAGACUUGGGUUCUGCUUUAGCAAAUUGUAUUAAUCUCUCAAAUUUGACAAUUGAUCUUUAAUUCAAUUAAAUUGGUGAUUAAGGUGCAUAAGGUUUAAGUUCUGCUUUAGCAAAUUGCACUAAUCUCUCAAAUUUGACACUUGAUCUUUCAUUCAAUUAAAUUGGCGAUUAAGUUGCAUCAGGUUUAUGUUCGGCCUUAGCAAAUUGCACUAAUCUCUCAAAUAUGACACUUGAUCUUUCGUAAAAUUAAAUUGGUGCAAUUUUUGCAUCAGGCUUAGGUUCUGCAUUAGCAAAUUGUACUAAUCUCUCAAAUAUGACACUUUAUCUUUCAUCCAAUAAAAUUGGUGCAAUUGGUGCAUCACGCUUAGGUUCUGCUUUAGCAAAUUGCACAAAUCUCUCAAAUUUGACAGUUUAUCUUUUAUCCAAUUAAAUUGGCGCAAUUGGUGCUUCAGGCUUAGGUUCUGCUUUAGCAAAUUGCAGUAAUCUCAAAAAUUUGGCACUUGAUCUUAGAUAAAAUUAAAUUGGUUCGAUUGGCGCAUCAUGCUUAGGUUCUGCUUUAGCAAAUUGCACUAAUCUCUCAAACUUGACACUUGAUCUUAGUGAAAAUUAAAUUUGUGAAAUUGGUGCAACACGCUUCGGUUCUGCUUUAGCAAAUUGCACUAAUCUCUCUAAUUUGAUACUUUUUCUUAGAUUUAGCUAAAUCAAUGAAUCAUAAUAAUUUAAAGUAGUAAACAUGAGUGUUAAAUCAAAAAGAUUAGUUAUCUUUAAAAUAUAUUUCUGA